UAGUUUAGAAAAAAGAAAAAAUAUUUUGUAAAGAUGGAACCUGGAAGAGUUAAUUGCUUAGCUGUAGAUAGUAGUGAAACAAGCGAAACGGCGUUUAACUGGUACGUAAAAAAUUACCAUCAAAAAAAUGAUACUUUAUUAAUAGUGCAUAUACACGAGGUUCCACAGUUGCCAAUGAUGAAAGUAUUGUCUGAUGCCUAUUGUGGGGAUUUUUAUAGUGUACCACACUAUUUUUUCCCAAAUAAUGAACAAUACCGAACUCAAAUCAAAAAAAGUAUUGAAGAAGCCAAAGCUAUAGUUGAAAAAUUCAAAACAUUCUGCGUUGAAAAAGAGAUUAAGUUUAAUGAGAUUGUCCUGGAUGAUAACUUUAAAUCUCCUGGAUAUAUGAUUUGUGAGUUAGCUAAGAAAAAGGCUGCAACUGUCAUUGUCAUGGGACAAAGAGGCUUAGGAGCGAUAUCAAGAUUAUUUUUAGGAAGUACUAGUGAUUAUGUGCUGCAUCAUUCUGACGUUCCAGUAAUCGUCAUUCCUCCUACCAUUUCUUCAAGAUAAAUUUUUAUUAUUUUAAGUUUAGUUCAAUAUUUAGGUUUAUAUCAAGGAAAAGUUUUUAUAAAUUAAUCAGUUUUAUAAAUUUGAGGUGCUUUCUUUUAUUUCUUAUAUGA